CUUCUCGUUACAGAACCUCGCGCAAUGAACGUUACAAAUGCCAUAAUGAAGUGACGAAUGGUCCUGCUGGACUUGCGACCAUGACAUUCAUAUUGAAAUUCUUUCCAUAGCUUGCGCUGGAACGAUAACAGGCCUUGAGCUCGAUCCCGCACCAUGAUCAGAGCCAUUUUCUACAGCAAAUUCGAUACCCAGGAGGGCCCCAAAGUCGUCCACCAAGUCCCCGACGGCGCCAUUGUCCCCUCCGCCGACGCGCCCUCACAAUCCCUCUUCCUAACCUUCUCCGACAUCUCCUUCUUCGUGAUCCCACGCCAGGAACUCUGUGGCAACCUGAUUCAGGUCUGCACGAACGGUCACCGAAUCCUGGGUUAUCCGAUCUGUAUCAAAUCGCAGCGAUACGACCGCAAUGAGUUCAUCUUCAACUUCUGUGUGGUGCUGGCGGAGGAGGAGGACUUUAGCACGUACAAGAGCGUGGUGCAGAAAUUGGCGGAUUUGAUGCGGGAAUUGGAAGAGCAGAGUGGGUUCUUGUCGAGGGAUCAUUCGAAGAGUGGGGAGGGGAAGGUGUAUAGUCUUUGUGAGACUUUGAUGGAGGAUUUGAAUAAUUAUUGUGAGAGUAUGAUUCCGAUUGACGAUUUGAAUACGUUGAAUAUCAAAUUGUUUCCGGUUUAUCCUGCUCCUCCGUCGGUCAAGGCGUGGCAGGUCCCCCUGUUCACCGUGCGGUAUCAAGCGUUCAUGGACGAGAAUUGGGAUUUAACCAUGCAGCGAGUCGUUCCCUAUAUCAACGGUGUCAACAGCGUCCGCAUCAUCUCCAUCCUCGCCGACACAGACUUCUCCCUGACCUGUCGCGCAAUCAAACACUUACUCUACUAUGGCUGCCUCUUACUCCUCGACAUCUUCACCUUCUCCGCUAUCUACGCGCCAACAGCACAGUUCAGCUCAAGCAUCGGUUCCGACGAGAACAUGCAGCGCGAAUGCGCUCGAUACGUGAACACUCUCUUCGCACCACAAUUAGCACCAUCCCCAACAACACCAGGCCAAGCACCCGCAGCCCCCUGGUCUAGCGCCCGCAGCGACAUCACCAGGCGACCAAGCAGCUCAGACACCACAGCCAGUGCAACAGGCACCGUCAUCACCGCCGGCGGCGGACGAUUCUUCGACCCCGACGAAGUCUGGCCACCCAUGGGUGACGACGCCGAAUCGCCCAGCGAUCCCAACGACCCAUCUACCGCAACAGAAAGCGCAAUAGACAGGUUAAAACCGCACCAAGUCGUCGACGGCGUCGCUAUCGUCGAGCUCUACGCGAGCCUGAAACAGGGCCAAAGCGUUAAACAGUGGUACGCCCAGCACAGCCGACAACUAGCAUACAUCGAUAUUCGGCGCUUCAUCACAUUCGGAAUUAUCAAGGGUUUCUUGUACCGCGUUCAUAAAUACGCGUAUGCGACUGGGUCCCCCAAACACUCCCAUAACCAUAACCACCACCAUCUCCCCGGCACAGGCACCAACAGCGGCUUCUCCUCACGAGGCCCAGGAACAGGCGCGAACACGCCUAGUAUUUAUGCCACGAGUGCAGGCGAUAGCGAGCCCCUCAUCGGCCGACGAAGCGACGAGUACCAGUACGGGACUUCUGCGCAGGGAAAUCGGAGUUUCACAUACGAGGACGGUGAAGAGGAGGAUUAUUUCAUCGAUGAUAAGAGUUUGUCGAGGUAUUUGGAUGGGGUGCAUUGUUUUGAUCAGAUUUGUACGGAGCUGGAGGUUAGUGAGAAGGUGUUGAUGGCGAGAUUGAAGAGGUAUCCUGGGGAGGUGUUGAUUAUACAUCGGUAGUUUUAUGUAGUUAUUGAGAUACCUUGAUUCUUUUGAAUAGAUGGUUUGUGAUUGUGCA